AUGGAAAGAACAGCAAUCGACACAGCUUAUAUUGGAAAUUAUCCAGCUGAAAAUGUUCCUGUUGUAGAGACAACACAACAGCAUGCGAUUGAAAGGCAGGCUAUUUUAUGCCUACCUCGAACAUCUGGGCCAUCUUCUAGGCCAAGUGUUGUUCGCAUGCAACAUCAAGACUUCGCCAUAGUCGUCGAAGUCGUGCAUCACCUCCAUCUCAACGGCGAUCACAAUUCCUAA